AUGGCUGAAGAGGAAAGGCCAGCCAAGAGAACGAGAUUGCUGUCUGAUGAUGAAGCCAGUUCGGAAGACGAGGGUGAAGGCGUUCUGUUGCCGCACGUCGCUGAAGGCUUAAAAAUCAACGAAGAGUAUGCGAAACGCUUUGAGCACAACAAGAAGCGCGAAGAUAAGCAUCGCUUAGAAGAGGUGUAUGGUAAGGCGAGAAGACCCAAUGGUGUUGAUGGGGAGAACCGCGACGAUUUUGGAGGCGAGGACGAAUCGUCAACCGAUGAGUCGGAAGAUGACGAGGCGGAUCUUGUUGAUGCGGAUGUGGAUCGGGAAAUCUCAGACACCUUGCAAGCGCUGAGGAGCAAGGAUCCAAGGAUUUACGACAAGGACUUCCACUUCUACAAAGAGUUCGAAGCAGAGGCGGCGGGCGGACAGGUCGGCGCGAAGAAGGAGAAACCGAUGUAUUUGCAAGAUUACCACAGAGAGAACCUUAUGGCUGGCCAGAACGGCGAUGUGGACGCCGAGGAAGCAGCUGUGCCUCCACAAACGUUCCAGCAGGAACAAGAUGCACUCAGAAGGGACCUUGUCGGCAAGAUGCACGCUUCGGUGGCGCAUGAGGAUGAUGAGGCUGAGGAUGAGGACGACUUCCUGGUUGCUAAGCCAAAGCAAAAGCACAACAGUCUACCCUCUGCCACCGUUGCGCCGCGGAAGAAGAUCACGGAAGAGGACAUAGCGCUGGCGGACAAGGACCCCGAAACGUUCCUUUCGAACUUCAUGGCUGCACAGGGUUGGCGGACAGCAGAAGGCUCGCGCUUCCAAGCCUUCGACUCCGAUGACAGUGAGGAUGAGCGCCGAGCUGAAGUCUUCGAAGAAGCCUACAAUCUGCGCUUCGAAGACCCUGAGACAGCAAAUGAGACGUUGAGGUCGUACGGCAGAGACGUAGGCAAAUAUGGCGUGCGGCGAGAAGACAAGACGGGACGUCAGAAGGCGAGAGAGCGAGAGAAGGAGAGGAAGGAAGCUGAGAAGCGUGAGCGGGAGGAGGACAAGGCGCGGUUGAGGAGGCUGAAGAUUGAAGAGGCGGAGGAGAAGUUGAAGCGCAUUAAGGAUGCUGCUGGGCUUCGAGGGAAAGAUGUUGACCUUUCGCAGUGGCGAGACAUUCUUGAAGGGGACUUUAACGACGAUGAGUGGGAUCAGGAGAUGCAGCGAAGGUUCGGCGACAAUUACUACGAGGAUCGGGAUGCUGAUGGCGUCGACUCUGAUGCUGAAACAGCGGACGCUGCGAGUACGAGAGCUAAGCUAAAGAAGCCAAAGUGGACGGAUGAUAUUGACAUUAAAGAUCUGGUGCCUGAAUUUGAGAAUGAGGAUGUAAAGCCACAAUUCUCAAUUUCGGACGAUGAGGAUGGUGGGUACGACGACGAAUUAGAAGGCGGUGCACCUCUACCUGUGGGCGGCGAUGCCGAUGAAGAGACUGCCGGGGAUGUCCCGAAGAAAAAGCGCAAGACGAAGAAAGACCGCCAGCAAGACAAAGCCGAGGCCAAGCGCGCCGCACGCAAGGAACGCCUAGCUAUCGAAGAGAUGAUAGACUCUGCGCUGCCGCUCUCAGCUGGAGCAACUCGCGAGAAGAAGGGACCCGCCGUUGGCUUCCGCUACCGCGCGACAAGUCCCACCUCCUUUGGCUUGUCGGCACGAGACAUUCUCUUCGCGGAAGACAGCCAGCUGAACGAGUACGCCGGUCUCAAGAAGCUUCAUGCGUUUCGUGACGCGGAAAAGAAGCGGCGAGAUCGGAAGAAGAUGUCGAAGAAGGCAAGGUUGAGGCAGUGGCGGAAGGAGACGUUUGGGAGGGAGGAUGAGCCUGCUGGAGGGUUUGAGAGGGUUCUGGAACGGGCCCUAGGUGGACAUGGCAAUGGUGAAGCGCUUGAGCGGAAGAGGAAAGCAGAUGACGGUGAGGGCGCUGGCAAUGUCGUAGAGGGUGAGCGGAGGAAGAAGCGCAGGAGGGCGAAGAAGCUGGCAGCUAGUGAUGAGGUGAAAGUCAGAGCUUAG